AUGGCUUUUAAAGCUUCUUCUCUAGCUUCUAGCCUGCUCUUACUCGCAGCAGGAACCUCUGCACAAAUUGCAAAUGCAGAAGCGACAUAUGCAACACUUCAAGAGUGGUACAAUCUUUCGACUGGGUUGUGGAAUACUGCCGGAUGGUGGAACGGUGCCAAUGCGAUGACAGUCAUUGCGGAGCUUGCAGCAGUUGACGCCGGCAUUGUGCAGGACGCAAUGUCAGUUUUCGAAACAACCUUCAGGGUUGCCCCGUCGGCUAACCCUAGUCACGGUAUUGAGAAGAGUGUAGACACCAAUGGGCUCAUUCAAACAUCAUACCCAGCUGGAUGGCCCCGUGAUAUGAUCAGUAAACGCGCGGCACCGGAUCCUACAGACCCUUCAGUUUGGCUGGAUCGCGCAAAUGAUGACGCCGAAUGGUGGGGGUUGGCCUGGGUCGCUGCGUACGAUGUUACAGGAAAUGAAACAUACUUAACCUUGGCAGAGGGUAUUUUCAAUAAGAUUGCUGCCGGCUGGGGAACCAAUUGCGAAAACGGUGGAAUCUACUGGGAAACAACCAACCACUAUGUCAAUGCCAUUGCUAGUGAACUUUUCAUUUCACUGGCUGCACAUCUCGCUAAUCGCGUGCUGGAUAAUUCGGCGACAUAUAUAGCUUGGGCAGAAGAGGCUUGGAACUGGUUUGCAAACACUGGAAUGAUCAACGCGAACGGUACCAUCAAUGAUGGCUUAACCUCUGAUUGUGUCAACAAUGGACAGCCAGUAUGGUCUUAUAACCAAGGUGUCAUUCUCGGCGGUUUGACUGAACUCAACAGAAUUUCGCCCAAUGAGUCUUACAUCGACUCGGCCAACAGCAUUGCUCAAGCAGCCAUCGCCGCGACCGCGGACUCCAACUAUGUUAUCCAUGAUUACGCAUGUGAGCCUAACUGCGAACCCGAUGCAACUCAAUUUAAAGGAAUCUUUAUGCGAAACCUGCUACUGCUGCAGAAAGCGUCACCACACGACCUCUAUAGCCAGGUUAUUAAAUCCUGCGCAGAGAGCAUUUGGGCCAAUGACCGUGAUACCACGACCGGCCAACUUGGUGUGAACUGGGCAGGACCUUUUGUAACCCCCGCCGAUGCCUCGACAGUAAGCUCGGCGAUGGGCGCACUGGUUGCGGCUAUUUCUGUAUAG